UUCAAGGAUCCAUUUUUCUCCUUCUUUCUCUCUCACUUUCUCUCCCCCUUUUUCUCCUCUGUUUCGAUAUCGAUUCAGGCGAGCGUAGAGAGAGGAUUAGGGAGGGAGGGGAGCUGCAUAUAUGGGGUAAGGGUUACUUGUAAAGAAUUGCUGUAGAGUCCAGGAAAGCAAAGCAUUUGAAGAGAUGUCGGUGUCUGAUUGGUGGAAUUGCUGUAUAUAUUAGUCAGAACUCCAUGCCAGCAAUUAAAGUGAAGAGUAGACCAACUAUGGAAGGUGUAGGACAGAGUCUUCAUUCUUGUUGUAAGUCUGGUAAAACAUCGAAAGGUUCACGUCUUCAGGUCAAAGCAACUCAAACAGAAGCAGUGCUGGACACAUUUAUUCAAGAUUCUUUUGAUGUUACCUCCAAUGUUAAAGAAUUUGACCGAGUUGUAAACAGCAAUGAAGCUUGUGACUACCAAGACUUAUUUGCUGGGGAUUCAAUUGAAUUGUCAAAACUUCCACCAUCGUUAUUAUGUGAUUCCAUGUUGAAUGGAAGAACAGGGUUAGAAACAAUCACAUCUCCAUCUAUCCUGCAGACGAUCUUCUCUCCAAUCUUGAUGCCUGAAGAUUCUGAGUUCAAAAUGAUUGGUAUAAAUAAUUCAGUUAGAGAUGCUGAACAACCUGCUUUGCCUCUUCUUGUUGCUGAUGAAAGUGAUGAUGGAAGUUGUCAUUCAAGAGACCUUCAAACUUGCAGUGUUUCAGAUUUCUUCAUUUGUGAGGGUGCUAAUGCUUUGACUUUCGACGGGGAGUUGACAUUUGCUGAUGUUAUGGACGUUACUUGCCCUUACUAUGAACAGAUAAAUGAUGAUAUACUGUUAGACACAUCUGAGAAAUAUAUGAAACUCCCAUUUCUAGAGUCAACAAUAGAAACAACUAAUACGCAUGAUGGGACCUGCAUUGAAGACGCUGUGGUGGACUCCGAUGAUGCCUACCUGUAUCUAGCAAUUCAUCAACUAAAAUCAUCUGACCAGGAAGGUCUAGCUUAUCACUCUGGUGAUCUUGCAGAAACUGAAUGCUUUGAUCCACAGCUAAUUUUCAAAAAUUUACCUGAUUUGCCUGAGGCAGUUUCAUCCAUCAGGCCAAUUUUGUUACCAAAUGAAACACAGAAAAAGAAGUCUAUCACUCUUGUGCUAGACUUGGAUGAAACUCUUGUCCAUUCUACACUGGAGCCUUGCGAAGAUGCAGACUUCUCUUUUCCUGUAUUUUUUAACCUGAAACAGCAUAUGGUGUAUGUGAAACGGAGACCCUACCUUCAGAUUUUCCUUGAGAGAGUAGCUCAAAUGUUUGAGAUUAUUGUUUUCACCGCAAGUCAAAGCAUCUAUGCUGAACAGUUAUUGGAUAUUCUUGAUCCAGACAAAAUGCUAAUUGGGCGUCGAAUUUAUCGGGAAUCAUGCAUUUUUUCUGAUGGUAGCUAUACAAAAGACCUCACUGUUCUUGGAAUCGAUCUAGCAAAAGUUGCCAUUAUCGACAAUUCUCCUCAGGUUUUCAGGUUGCAAGUGAACAAUGGUAUACCUAUCAUGAGUUGGUUUGAUGACCCAUCAGACCAUGCACUACUUUCAUUACUUCCAUUUCUCGAAACCUUGGUUGAUGCAGACGAUGUUCGUCCUAUAAUUGCAUAAGAAAUUCGGCAAUGAAGUGUAGCAAUGGUUCAUUAGCUUAGUCUAUUGACCUCUCAUCAGUUAAUUCAAAUCUCGGCUAUCUUCUCUACCCAUUCUCACCCCAAAUGAACAGAUGCAUUAUUAGUACCUUAAAACUUCUUUGAGUUCAUAUAGUUAUGGUGAUUUAGCUAUAAUUACUUGCAAAGGUUGAUGUUAUAUGAUUUAUGUGGAUGCUGCUAAUCCUAAUUGGCUGUAAAUUCCCUUCUACCUCUGUUUCUGCAGAAGUGUGUGUACAGGAAGAUUAUAUUUCUGAAUAAAUUUGUUUGCCAUUUGGUUUUGAUGAUCA